GGAACAAGUGGAUCAAAAAAAGUUAAUCAAAGUUGUCCUAAGACAAAAACGCAUUUUGGUUUUGACCUUUGAUCAAAGGUUUUGAUCCACUUCAAAUGUCGACUACUGUAUAUCCGAGUGAAGCAGCUUCUCGAACGAGAAAAAAUGUUAAAGGACUUAAUUUUGACCAUCUGCAAUUGAUUGGACUGUUGGCAUUUGGUAUUGCUGUGAUCUCAUGUGAGUGACAAGUUGUUGAAGGGGAGGUUUUAAUGCCAGUACACGUCGUCAGAGAAAAAAUGUCGUUGCAAGGGGGAGUUAUUUUGAUUAAAAAAAAAGUGGUGGUUCAAAUGGCAAAUAGUUAGAAUGUGGUCUGAUGUCCCAUCCCUUUGCAAAAUGGCUCUCAUGCAUAUUCCACAUUAUUUGGUGUAGGGUAUGUCAAAAGACUUGUAGAUCAGUGGUUCUCAUCUCCAGUCCUCGGGACCCACCACACAUUUUGUAUGUCUUCCUCAUUCAACACACUUGAUUCAGAUCAUCAGCUCAUUAGGAGAAAGGUCCAUUUACUGAACCAAGUGUGUCAGAUAAGACAGACAUUCAAAAUUUGCAGCGCAGUGGGUCCUCUGGACCAGAGUUGAGAAGCACUGUUGCUGUGGUUUACAAGCCAGAUGGUGUAAUAUCUUCGUAUUCUGUUGGAGGUUGGUGAAUGUACGGCAAUGAAAGACAUCAGGGUUGGUAGAGAGAGUCUGGGAGAGGAUCAUAGUAUUUAAACCUUUAAGCACUCAGAUCCUCGCUGUCAGCAACAUUAGUCGAUGCUGCUUCCUGCAGUUGCUCAGGGGUCUGACUCGGAGGUAUUAGAGGCAUCUAAUGCAUCUACACCCCCAGUAACCUGUGCAUCUGCCAGGCUGAGAGGACGCUGGCACCAUGAUCAAGCUUACAGGCAGGAGGCAAAGCCUUUUCCCCAACUAUAAACUUGGGGUCACAGUCCCUGCUCCCAAGGAUCCAGAGGACUCUGAGCUUCCUUUCGGUCAACGCAACUGGGUAAAACCAUGGAAUUCGAUGCAGGAAUUAAGUAAGGAUAUAUAUGACAUCUAUGCAGAGUAUGAUGAUGAAGAAGAGGAUAGACUGAUGUCGACUCCUAGUAAACUGUCCUCUCUGACUAAAAACUACAUGCUGAACAUCAACGUUGGAGGCAAGGUCUACCAGAUCUCUUACAGGGUAGCAGCAAAAUAUCCCAAGACAAGAAUUGGACGACUAGCAACGUAUACUGACCACAACAGGAAACUUGACCUCUGUGAUGAUUACACUGUCCAGAACAAUGAGUUUUUCUUUGACAGGGAUCCAGACAUCUUCCACAACAUCUUCAACUUCUAUAGGACUGGAGUUCUCUGGAUCAAAGAUGAAUUGUGCCCACGCAAUUUUUUGGAGGAGAUCAACUACUGGGGUGUUCGUAUCAAGAACACCCAUCGCUGCUGCCGCAUUUCGUUCGAGGAACGGCAAGAUGAACUCAAUGAACAGCUGAAGGUACAACGGGAACUCGAGGCAGAGGUGGAAACUGAGGAGCACGAGGACUUGUUUCAGGAUAUGGCUUUCGGUCAUGCACGUUUCCUCAUUUGGAACAUGAUGGAGAAGCCAUUCUCUUCAGUCACAGCCAAGCUCAUGGCAGUAGCAUCCAAUUUCUUCGUGCUGGUAUCACUCGUGGCUAUGACUCUCAAUACGGUAGAGGGAAUGCAGUAUACAACGACCACCGGUCAGCUGAGUGGGAAGACCUACUGCGAGUAUGUUGAGACUUUCUGCAUUGCGUUUUUUACCAUGGAAUAUCUGCUCCGGCUUGUGUCCACACCUGAUCUCAAACAUUUUGGAAGGAGCAUGCUGAAUGCUGUGGACCUGAUUGCAAUCCUUCCAUUAUAUCUUCAGAUGGCCCUAGAGUGUUUCGAGAACGAAGACUACGGGAAACAUGGUAGCGAUAUCGAGACUGUAGGACGGGUGGGUAAAUUGGGGCAAGUUCUCCGCAUCAUGCGUCUCAUGAGGAUAUUUCAUAUCCUAAAACUAGCACGUCACUCGACUGGACUUCGAGCCUUCGGCUUCACGCUCCGGAACCCUGCCAUAGAGCAUGAUGUGCAUCAAACAAACUUCACCAGUAUUCCACAUGCAUGGUGGUGGGCAGCUGUGAGCAUCUCCACUGUGGGCUAUGGCGACAUGUUUCCAGAAACUCCUCUGGGCAGGAUUUUUGCAUUUGCGUGCAUCUCAUUUGGAAUUAUUCUCAACGGCAUGCCAAUCUCCAUCCUGUUCAAUAAAUUCUCAGACUACUAUUCAAAGCUGAAAUCCUAUGAAUACACCGCCUCUUUGAAGAAUCGCGGGAAAGUGAGGUUUGUGAAAAGGGCUGCAAAGAAGUUGUCAGAAUGUUUUUAGGUUGCCAUGUGCUGACCUACUCUUUCCACCAACGGACUGAUUUUUAAAUUAUGGACUUGGUGGUGGUCUUUUCAAAAACUUCAAACCAACCAGACCAAUUAAGUAACUGUCUUCAAACAAAUUAGCCACUGCUUGCUUUUGUGCUGCUGGAUACAUGCAUAUUGAGGAACUUUUGUACUAUAAACAAAAGUAAAUUUUUUUUUUUAAACGAAUCAACGCAUUUAGGCUGCUCUAACAAGGAUGCCAUUAAUAAAUACUUGCCUUGGCACAACAAUUUAAUUGUACGAGAUCAUUUGUUUAUUGCUAUUACGUUAUGGAACAGUAAAAAUUUUUUUUUUUUUACAAUGUCAUUAAAAAUAACCAUUGCUAAUACUAUGGGCAAUGUUAAAACAAAAGGAAGUAAUCCAGGGUAGACAAACACUGCUUCAAAUAAUCAGUUGAAGGUUUUAACAUCUGGCUGAGCACAAGCUCGGCUUCAAUACUUUUUUUUAUAUCUAUAUAUAAUUUUGUAUAGACAUUUGUGUAAAUUUUAAUCAAAAGCCAAUUUAUGAUUUACAUCAACUGGUUUCCAGUGGAAGCACUCUGAGCAGGACAGAUUGCAAAGAGAUUUCCUAGAAGAUUAACUUCUGUAUUGGCAGGGCUAUUUGGCAAAAUCUUACAGUGCUUUAAAAGAAAUUCAGAACUGACAUCCUCACUACAAUAGCUUGGUGUUAUGUGACAAUUACACAACCCUGCCCAAACUUGACUUAAUAAAAGGUGGCCAUUGUGACAUCCUUAAGAACGUAGACAACUACAGUGUAAUUCACUCUGAAAAGCACAUUCAUGCAGGCAUUGAUAAUCCUUGAAAGAUUAAUCCUUGGGGAUCAUUGAAGUCCCAAGGACAGAUGGAAGUAGAGUAGGGCAACAAAAUUCAUUUUCAAGCAUGCAUACAUGCCUCCAUAUUCAAAGCUACCUUUUUAUAUUUUAUGUCUAUAAUUUUUACUUUGAGUUGAAAUUACCCUUUUAACAUCUUU